AAUCGAUAGUAAAUCAAUAAUUGCAAGUUGUUACUCUACAAUAAAAGAAUACAUUCACAACAUCAAGACACAUUUUCACAACAUCUAGACCAACAUGAAACCAUAAAUUAUUGUUUUGCUGAGUUUUCCCUAAAUGAUCCUAUAUAAACAACUACAAGUUAACCCUACAGUUCCAGUCACAUGGUUUUGUUUGACCAUUUUUGGAGGCAUAAAAAAUGGAGGAUGAAAUGACUUAUUUGACAAAACCAAGUGAAGCAGGAUUACAUGAGGUUGUACCAGGCACAUUUCAUGUCGAUGGCUUAAGCUUUGCUGUCCUUUUUCAAAACUACUUGGAAGUCAAGGAUCAUGUAUCCAAAUUAGAGCUCACUUCACAAGGUCAUAAGUUACAACUAGAAGAGCUGAAACUCAAAGAGGCUGAGAUUAAAAAACAACUCAUUGAACUAAUUGAAAAAUUAGAGGCUCAAGUAAAGGAAAAUACACUAGCACUCAAAGGAAGGGCAGCAGAAAAUGAAACUGAAAGUGGUGUAGUCUCACCACGCCCCUUGCCUAAAAGUGAUGAUAUCUUUAAACGCUUGGCAGCACUAGAGAAACAAGUGCAAGAUAACACACAAGCAUGUAAAGUGGCCUCUCAGCUAACAGAAAAAGCUGAAAAACAGCUCAAAAAAGAAGCAGGGGAACACUUUAAAAAGCUUGAGACCCAAAUAGCAGAAAUUCAGACUAUGCAGAAAGAGCUUAAAGACUCUAGUGAGUCAAAACUCAAGGCCAUGAAGAAUGAACUUGAAAAGUACAUUGAUGAGAAGUUUAACCAAUUAUCUGCCCAAAUACCAAGUGGUCUUGAGAUUGACAGUAUCAAUCUACCACGACGAUAUCUUUCAAAGUCUACAAGUAAUCUAAGUGACUCUGGAUUAGAAAAAACCGACUCUUCGCAGCAACGAACUCGUUCAUCAGAAAAUUUACUCUCAGACGAUCGAGAUUCCAGGUUAUUGAAUAAGUCAAAAUUGCAGCCCAGGGACACUAGUACGCCAAGAAAAGAUGCAUUAUCACCUAGUAUAAAGCAAAAAACUAAGACCAAAUAGUAAAAGCUCCUGCAGACUCCAGAGUCACUUAAUAUAGCUUACCAUAGGACUGAAUGCAUUAAUAGUAAUUUAAUAUUAAAUUGGCAUUUAUGCGGCAUUUAACUUCAAUGGUGUUAUAACUAAAACCAAAUGAAA